AAUGGUGUAGACUCUGACUCUAGAGGAACCUGUCCUGUGUAUUCGUGAGUACGAAACAUGUGCGCAAAUGAAUACCCUUCAUUCGUAAAUGACCUCACUUUUUCCUCGUGAGCACCUUCCAUAUUCGAUUUCAUACACAUACAUACAUAUCUUACCAGCAUCAAUAUUAUCGGUGCGACAAGGAGGACAAGCACAAAGCAUAGUACCUUGCAUUAAUAUUCACAUCAGUCUGAUUCAUCCAUUCAUCUUAUCAAAUCAGAUCAGAUCCCAUCCGAUUAGCCAUCCGAUCAGAUAUCUCCACACUAGUAUACUACAGUAGUACCAAACUCUAUCAGCAAUCAUACCAUGGAACGCGUCCGUAGACUCUCCGGAGCCUUCCUCCACGCAGUCGGCAACGUAUUUUCCGAACCUCAUCCCCUUACCGACGUGUCCCUCAAUCCCGCCCAAGCAGACGCUCUCAUCAAAUAUCAACGUCAACUCCUGCAUCCCAUGUAUCUUGGCGAGCGAGCAUUUUCCAUAACCGAAAUCGUCGAUUCCGAGACCUCUAGUAUUGAAGUUCAAAAAGCCCUUAUUGAUCACGAUAUCAUACUAGGAGCACCCGCUACUUCUGCACCUGCUCUGCUGGCUCCGAGAUAUACCAUGGAAGAUGAAAUUCCUGUCAAAAUAGCAGCUAUUACGAAGAAUUUUCCCCAGCAACUUACUUCUACGGGUCUUUCUAUAAGUAGUCAGAAAUUAGUCGUUGCGCUUUUGUGUUUUUGGUCGGAGGAAUGGAAGAGGUGGUCUCGAUUGGAGAGGGAAGAGAGAGAUCUUACGGAACAGAUUGAAGUUGCCAGACGCGUGGAUAAUACCAGGGCAAUUGGGUUCUUUUCUCCACAGUUGACUAAAGUGCAGAGGAAGAAAAGAUUAUUGUGGAGCGAACGAGAGGAAAAUAGGGAAAUGGUGGGAAGUUCGAGUAGUAAUGUAAGAUCACCCGGCUCGAGUGGAACUAGAGAUCGUGAGGAGCUUCCUGUGUCUGAUGCUGCGAGUAAUAAUGAUCAGUUGCCGAGUUAUGGCGAUUCGACUAAUUCGAUUCAGAUUGCUACUGGAGGUGCAGCGAGAGUGAGUAGUGGUGGCGUGGAUGAAUUGCCGCGUUAUGGGGAUUGGACUUCGGAACGUGGUGUUAAUGAUAAUGAUGACGGUGUUGAGCAAUCUCAUGAGAAUAUUGCGAUUGAGGAGUCGCAGUCGCGGGGUAGUGAAGAGGUUAAUAAAUUACCGAGUUAGCGGAAUUUAUGAAGUUUUUUUGGUAUUAAUAUUAAGAUCUUGUUUAUAUAGAAUUGAAAUAUCUUUAUAAUAUAUUAUCAUCAUUAUCAUCAUCAUCCUCAUUAUAUUAAAAUGAAUUUUGG